AUGGCCACCAGCAGCAGCCCUGCAGCGAAGAAGAGGCUUAUCGACGCUAGCAUACGCCAUAGGAAACCUGCCGAUGUACGCGACAAGAUCCAAAACCUAGAGUCGAAGUACCGUACGGCUGCGGCCUGGCUGGCCAAUACGGGACAAGGCGUCACGGAUGAGAAGUCCAUUCGAUCUGCCCUCGUUAAAUGA